AAAUCCCAAGAAAUAGAAACUAUACAAUUAUACAAAAGAAUAGAAAAAAUAAAUAGUUGUCUGAUAUAAACCGAAAGAAAGACAAAAAAAGAAAGAAAAAAGAGUAGACGAUCCUCUUAUUUGGAGAACUGGAGGCACUACUGUAAAGGGAAUUUUGGGUGCCAGAAAAAUCACCCAAAACCCAAAUAUCUUCCUCUCGAUCACUAUUGGGUAGCCACUGUCUGGUUUUGUUUCUCCUCCUCUUCUUCUUCGUAAGCUGGACUCCCCGGUCUCGGAAACUCGAUACACAGCGCGCAGAUCACAAACAUUUGGAGGACAAGUGUGAAAUACUGGAACUAAAUUUGAAGUGAUGAAAGGAGCAAAACAUGCCGUGGAUGUGAUGGUUUCUAAUGUGUUUGAGCGAUUCUUUUAGGGGAUUACUUGCUGAAAUACUGGAAAAUUUCAUUCAUAUGCGGUUCGGUUGGGGUAGGAGUUUGAUAAACAAUAGAGGUCUAUGAAACCCAACGCAAAGACAAACUAUGCUGUUGCAAAUCCAUCUGUAGUUAGAGUUGGUAGGAACAAUGUAGAGUAUGAGUUUGGUGGGGUAAAACCUAAAAUCUUGCGAUGCCGUCCAAAGCUGUUUAAAGAUGUCGUUUCUAGAUUUUCCGAUGAAAAAAAAGUUGCAGUAGAAGAAAUGGGUUUUGGGCUGUUGUUGCAGCUCCAGUGUGAGCACCUGCAGCUUGGUUUGUGUGGUUGGUUGAUUGAUAGAUUUGAUCCCAGCAAGUCUUCCAUUGAGGUACAUGGCAAGAGAUUCAAUCUUGGUCCGACUGACUUUGAGAACAUAAUGGGGGUCAAAGAUGGAGGACAUGAUGUUGAAAUCCGUGGCUCAAAGGCUGACAUACAAGAAUUAAAGGAUAUCCACUUUGGCAACAGAUAUCGAAUAUGCAAUAUGAGUGAAAUAGCUGAGAAGUUGAAAGAGACGAAUAGUGUAGAUGACACCUUUAGAGUUGGGUUUGUUCUAUUUGCAUUGGCCACCUUUCUUUGUCCAUCUAGUUCAGGUGAUUUGACAGCAAAGUUUCUGCAUCCACUAAGGGACAUCAAUGGUAUAAAAUUCAAAAAUUGGGCGACUUUUUCAUUCAGUUUUCUUGUUGAAAGCCUUAGUACAUUUAAGAAGAAAAAUACAACUUGUAUCGGUGGGUGUGUACUAUUCUUGAAGCUGUUUUACUUUGAUCUAGUCGUUCAUGGAAGAACGUUUGUAAAUAGAUCACUGACGCCUAUUGUUGCAUGGGGGGAAAAGGAGGAAACAAAGUUAGUGGAGUGGAUCGGACAAAAUGGGGGGUUUAAUAGUUUGGACAUUGCUAUUGCUUAUGAUCGUAUAGCCCCAAUCCCAAUCAGUGCUGAUGAAGAUGAGGUGGUGGCUGUGAGGAAUGAUCACACAGUGGUUGCAACAGUUGAACCACAGUCACAACAAAAGACAAAUGACAUUACUCUUGUUUACAAGCGUAGAGCCGCUGCUAGUUUUGAGAACAGUGUGGUGGCCUUAAGGAAUGAUCUCGCAAUGUUACACAAAAAGGUUACCAAAUUUAAACGAGCACUACGGCAAAAGACAAAUGAUGAUAAGGCAGCUGAACUGGAAGCUAAACUUGGUAGUGAGAUGAGCAAGAUUGAAGGCCUUACUUAUUGGCAGGUCUUUCAAGCCACUAAUAUUUUAGCGACCAAAUAUGAUCUGGUAACAAUGUUUCUUCCCAUGUCUGAGCAAAGCAAAAAGGCAUUUGUUCUAAAUCUGUUAGAACAUGGCACCCAUGGCUUAUGAGUUCAUUAUGAGCUAUAUAUAUAUAUUAGCAAUAUGACUAUUAGUUAGAGUUAUGACCUUUACCGGGAGUAUGCAUCAGCUUCGUGAGCUAAAUAUUCCUACCACCAAUUGGCCAGGGAAAAAAGAAAGAAAAACACACUUUGCUAAACUCUUGCCAUUGAUCAAGAGUCGUAUUGAUUUUUGGUAAGCACUUGGUGCACUUUUGAAUUCUCUCACAUUGAUUGUAAUCAGAUCAUGCUCUUGGUAUUGCUAGCAUUUGACUCUAACCAGUGCUGGAAAUUGACGA